AUGCCAAAUUUUCAAUUUGUAGCUGCAAAUGCAGUGCCAAAUUGUCAACUUGUCGCUGCAAAUGCAGUGCCAAACUUUCAACUUGUCGCUGCAAAUGCAGUGCCAAAUUUUCAAUUUGUCGCUGCAAAUGCAGUGCCAAAUUUUCAACUUGUCGCUCCAAAUGCAGUGCCAAAUUUUCAAUUUGUCGCUGCAAAUGCAGUGCCAAAUCUUCAAUUUGUCGCUGCAAGUGCAGUGCCAAAUUUUCAAUUUGUCGCUGCAAAUGCAGUGCCAAAUUGUCAACUUGUCGCUGCAAAUACAAUGCCAAAUUUUCAAUUUGUCGCUGCAAAUGCAGUGCCAAUUUUUCAAUUUGUCGCUGCAAAUGCAGUGCCAAAUUUUCAAUUUGUCGCUGCAAAUGCAGUGCCAAAUUUUCAACUUGUCGUUGCAAAUGCAGUGCCAAAUUUUCAAUUUGUCGCUGCAAAUGCAGUGCCAAAUCUUCAAUUUGUCGCUGCAAGUGCAGUGCCAAAUUUUCAAUUUGUCGCUGCAAAUGCAGUGCCAAAUUGUCAAUUUGUCGCUGCAAAUGCAGUGCCAAAUUUUCAACUUGUCGCUGCAAAUGCAGUGCCAAAUUUUCAACUUGUCGCUGCAAAUGCAGUGCCAAAUUUUCAACUUGGCGCUGCAAAUGCAGUGCCAAAUUUUCAAAUUGUCAACUUGUCGCUGCAAAUGCAGUGCCAACUUGCAGCGAGAACUAUAAAUGCUUCGUAG